CAAAAAAAUCGUAAACAGACACAAAAGCCCAUCAACAAAGACCACAAAGGCAACAAUUCCAACGCCACAAAGACCCAUUGAGACGACCAGUUUUUAACAAGAGCGGCUAGUUUCUAAGUGUGGUUUCCAAACAAGCGCUUCACAAUGAAGGUCAAGUCCACCAAAUCCACAAAGCGUUAUACGUUUGCGUCUUUCAAAGAACGGGUUGAUGCUAUCAAAAUUGAACCAUCCAAGAAGCUCAACAGAAGGGCCUUUGACGAUGCUGAGACAUCACACUUCCUCUCAACGUUGGAGAGAUGGGUUGAGUUCAACAGGUCUGCUAAUUUCACACAGUUCUUUGAAGCGGUUCAACCAAAAUGCCAAUCUCUUCCGCAGCUGAUCCAUUACCGCCAGUUCAUCUUUGAUCAACUGUGCGAAUCUUUGGAGAAGGGUGACUCUCUCUCGUUGCAUCCCCUGACAGAACUGCUUACACAGUUCUGCCAUGAUCUGGGUCCUGAUUUCAUGGAGUUUUACGAAAAGACCGUUACGCUCAUCACACAGAUGGCAAUCAGAGAGAACACAUCCGAGACUUUGGAAUGGGAGUUCAACUGUUUGGGAUUCAUCUUCAAAUACUUGGCUAAAGUCUUGACCGAGGACCUGGUACCGACUUUUAACCUUUUGGAACCACUGUUCCAUUCAAAAGAGCACAUUUCCAGAUUUUCGGCGGAAGCAUUGUCCUUUUUGUUGAGAAAGACCCCACAGAAGGAACUAAUCAAGUUCACUGAAGUGGCAUUUGUGAACAUUGAAACCGAAGACGAAACUUAUGUCAAGUCCAUUGUAACUUUGUUUAGUGAAUCCAUGAAGUCUACAAAAGGAUCUAUCCAUUCAAAGUUUAUGAUCAUGACUCGUUCGCUCUUCAAUAAUUUGAACUCUGAUAGGUCAUCCUCUGUGCUUUGUGACAUCCUACUUAGUGUUUUGAAUUACGGCUCACCAGAGGCAGUGGAAGAAGUGUAUUCCACCAUUGUAACCAUCAAUAGGGAAAACUUGGCAAAGGACAAGAGUUACAUCAACCAUUACAUCAAAGUCACUACGGUUCUAAUAUUUGCAGACUCAGGUAAGAAAAUUCCUGAUUGGUCUUUGAUUACUGAAUCAAUAGAUGAUGUGAUUGCAAAUAUUGAUUUGAAAACUGUUGAUGACUCUACUUGUGAUCUUAUUGUUUACUUGGCUUCGAUCUUCUUCCGUAACUGUGAGAUUCAAACGUUGACGAAGUUCCACGCAAAGCUUUUACAUUUUGUUUCUUCUUUGCAGUCCUUUUUCUUGCCAUUUAUAAUUUCAAUUUUGGACUUGUGCAAAGAGAGAACAUUGAAGUACUCCCGUUCUUUUGUGCAAGACUUUAUAAAUAAGAGUUGGACUGGGAAUGCAGAAGCUAUAGUUUUUUUCAUCCAGAAUUUGGAAAAAAGAGAGCUCAUCACAAGAAACGAUGACCAAACAAAGUUUAAAUUGAGCAUUCCAUCUGCUCUCACAAAUUCCAUGCUUGAUGAACUCAGGAAGCUCUCUAUUUCUAACUCAGAUGCUUUGUAUGAAGUUUAUUGGAGAUUGUGUAUCUUAUCGUACAGUUCCAAUCUCGAUUCAUCGGUUUUUGUUGGACUUUUAGACCAACUAAAUGACAUACAAGAUCAAUCAGAGUUCAAAGAAACAGUUAUAUCAAAAACCAUUUCAUUGCUCUCACUCACUGGAUAUGAUCCAACAACUGAAAUCGUCCUGAAUAACUUUGAAAAGUUGCACAAAAAUCUGAUCUUCAUGACUUGUGCCUACAACUAUCUAAAAGACCACAAAUUGGCCACAGCUGAUGCUGAGAAAUUGAUUGCUUUAACCUCAAACAACCUGAUCACCCCAAACCAUGCGUUGAAAACUGCUUCAUUGCAACUCAUAAGGUGUCUAGCAAACGGUAACGACGAAGAGUUAAUAACUAUUGCUAACCAAUGUGAAAUCAUUGAACAGAUUCCAUUGACUAUGGCGAACGGUCGUGAUAUUCAACUAAGAAUGAGAACCUUUGCUCAAAGCUUCAGUAACUUGGAUACUAUGGAAGAUUUGAGAUCCGAGGUAUUCUUGAAGUAUUUGCUGGGUAUGCUUUCCGUAAGAUUCUCACCAUCCUGGCAGAUAGUUUACGAAGUUUUACCAUCGGUCUUGCACAAGAAUAGACACGUUGUGUGGGAGACUUUAUAUAACUUCGUCAUUGGCUCGUAUAAAGAUGGACAGGCUGUGUUCUACAGCGGUAUGGAAGACGACCUCAUUAAGUGCGAUGAUGGAUGGGUGAUUAUUGAUAAUAGACUAAACACAAUUAUCGGUUCCUUUAAGAAAGUGAUUUCAGAGUACUUGAAUAAAGAACAGUCUAUUCUUACCGAAGUGGAAGAGUCAUACAAGACGGAACAAUAUCCAGAGUUCAUGUGUCUUCAUGCUAUUGCUGCGUUGAAGAAGAUCCCAGAACUUGUUGAGAAGAACUCCAAGAACAUUGUUGCUUUGGUUCUAGACAACUCAUUGGAAGAUAAUGAGGACUCAGUGAGUUUGAUGAAUAAAACAGAAAGAUCUGCACUGCUGGAGUUGUUUGUCAAUUUCAAGAAGCUGAAGUCUAUUCCAAGAGCCGACGAGCUUUAUCAGAGACUCCUAACUCUCUUAUCAAGCCGAACACCCGAGAUCAGACAGAUUUCCCUGCAGUGUUUACUUAAUUUCAAGAAUCCACAGGUUAUGAAGUAUAAGGAUACGCUCACCAACUUGCUGGAUGACGCUGCGUUCCGUGAUGAAAUUCAGAAAAUUACAUCGAAGGGUGAAGAUUGUGUCAUCGAAGAUAAAGAUGAACCAUUUAUCAUGCCAUUGAUAUUGAGAAUCAUCUUUGGACGUGCUCAGAACAAUAACGUUAGUGGUGCUAAGAAGAGCUUGAACUUUGGUGCUGUUACAGUUCUUCCACAGCUAAGUCCAAAAUACGUUGUCGAUUUUUUGAAUAUUGUUUCAGAGAGAGUAUGCAACAAUGAUGUGACUAUGGAUUUUGAUACAAUUGAAGCUGACCAGUUGUCUUUGCAUAUGUUGAAGAGAUACUUGGGUUUCACAAAUUUAUUGGGUGUCUUAAUAAAGACUUUAGGUGAAAAGUGCAAGGAAGAGUUGAAGAUUACGAUCAGACCGUUGUUACAAUCCCUUGUGUGUGCUGAAUUGGUUAUAAACAGCGGCUCUACGGAGAGACAUGUUGAUGUCAUUGCUCGUAACAUAAGAUCAUCUGGACUGAAGAAUUUGUUGGCUUUGUUUGACCUGUUAAACGAAUUUUCUUGGGAUGAGUACAUUGAAGUCAUUUAUGAAAAGGUUCUUGCUCCAAGGUUUGUCAACUUCGAAACAGAAAACCUGCAACAAGCAUCGUCUCUAGUGAAAAUCAUCGUUUGCUGGUCCCAGUACAAGAGUCAUUUGGAUUUAUUGUUGAUUAACGACCUUGAACCUUCCAAAAAACUUCUGUCGUUGCUUCCAAACCCAAAGGCCAAACCUGAAGUCAUAUCUAUUGUACUUGAUUUCUGUACCAACAUCAUCAAGAAGGUCCACAAUAAGACAAAGUACGAUGGGUUGACUAAGCUGGUCUCUACUCAAGUGUUCAGUUCUUUGGAAACAAUCUUGUCUCGCAUCACUGAGCCCCAUAUGAAUGCAAAGAUUAUUGACUUACUCUUGGCUCUUGUUGAGAACAACUAUGUGGAGGAUCAAGAGAGAAGAAAUUCCCUUGUUAAUGUUGCUACUCAAAUGCUCGAAAAGCCAAGUGCCCAACUGUCCAAUGAGAGUAAACUCCAAGUUUUGAGGACACUGAAGGCUUUAAUUGAAGAAUUUCAUGGGGAGUUCCAACAGGUUCAACAUCUCUACCAGGUAUCUUCCAAGUUCUUAAAGUUCUUCACAAAUAGGGAACAACGUGAUGUUCUUAUUGAGUUAUUUGUUGAGAUUGGAAAUAAGUUUGAAGACUACUCUCGUGUUGCCAAUUACUUAACAGAGUUGAACAGCUUCUCAAAGAGAGGUCUUGCAGAGUUUGACUAUGAUAGAAGACUUGAUGCUUUUAGAGAGAUUAAUGAAACCACAUACCAGGAGUUGACUUCAUUAGAAUGGCUCCCAAUUCUUAACACUUCGUUAUUCUUCUUAACCGAGGUUGACGAUUUGGCAAUCAAAACCAACGCAUCUUAUACGUUGAGAAGAUUUGCAGAUGCUUUCUCCGAGAAAGAAGAGGCAGACAAGGACAUGAUCCGUCUCUUCAAGGAUCUUAUCUUGUCAAACUUGAGGGUUGGUAUCAGGAACAAAGAUGAAGCUGUGCAAACAGAAUUCAUUACAGUCUUUGCACACUAUGUUUCGAACAUCAAGCAUGUCGGUGAUUUUGAAGACUUGAAGGUGUUACUUUUUAACAACGAUGAUGAGGCUAACUUCUUUAUGAACAUCAACCACAUCCAGUUGCAUAGACGUCAAAGAGCCAUUAAAAGACUUGGGCAGGUUGCAUCUGAGAUAUCUGGUUCGAAUAUUGCUUACUAUAUAUUGCCAAUGAUCGAACACUAUGCGUUUGUGUCUGAUGAGAAGUUUCGUAACAUUUCCAACGAGACUAUUCUGACAAUUGAGAAGCUAAUUAGUUGUGUGACUUAUAAGCAGUUUAUGGCUGUUUUUAAGAGAUACAUGGCUGGUUUGAAAGAAGGAAGCGAAACCCUUCGUGACUCUGUCAACUUGAUUGUCACAAUUGCAAAGGCAUUGUUGAAAAAUGUGCAACGUGCAGAAAGUGAUGAAUCCAAGAGAAUGGAGGGAAUUCCAUCUGAGCAUGAUAUUCUUGAUGUUCAAUUGGAACAGGAAAUGAUUGAGCCAUUAUCCAAGAUAUUGAACAAGAGAGACGAGGAGACUAUUGUUUUCAGAACACCAUUGAUAGAGGCUCUUUCAUGUCUGAUUUUGUGUUUAAGCCAUGAUCGUAUUGUGAUUAUCCUUCCAAGUGUUUUAACCAAAAUCUGUCAAAUUUUGAGAUCGAGAUCAGAUGAGUUGCGUGAUGCUGUGAGAAAGCAUUUAGGUAGAGCUUCCAGAACCCUUGGACCAAAAUACAUCAAAUUCAUCAUCAAGGAAUUGAAAACUGCACUUGCAAGGGGAUUUCAAAUCCACGUCUUGGGAUUUACUGUUCAUUCCAUUGUGUCCUCUAUGGAGUUUUCCCAUGGUGAUCUCGAUGAAUCUGCAAGUUUGAUCAUGGAUAUCAUUAUGGAGAACACUUUUGGUGGUACUGGUCAAGAAAAGGAGGCUGAUGGUUAUAGAACCUCGAUGAAGGAGGUUAAGCAUAACAAGUCUUAUGAUCUCGGUGAACUUUUGACUCGUGUUAUUAGCCUCUCAUGCUUCAAUUUCGUUGUUGAGCCAAUAAAACUUCUGCUGGAGGAGAGAAUCACUUUGAAGAUUCAGAACAAACUUGAUGAGUUGUUGAGGAGAUUCUCGCUGGGUAUCUAUAAGAACGAGGAUUCCACAAAACAGGAUAUGCUAGUUCUUUGCUUUGAACUUUUCAAGGAAUCAGAAAAGGACUUUACCUCGCAUAGAAGGGAGCCAACCAUGAAAGAUUCCGAGAAGCAUUUCCUUGUUCAACUUUCAUCUAAGAGUCAGAGAGUUGUUAAUGAGAACUCUGUCUACGUUGACACCUUCCAGAGAUUAUCACUGGAGUUAUUAAGAACGACUUUGAACAAAAAUCCAAACUUUAUCAAUGCUGAGUGCCUGUCUGGGUUCAUUCCGUUCUUUGAAGUCGCUUUAGAAUCUGAAAAUGAGGCUGUUAUAACUAGUGCGUUGAAGAUCCUUGAGAAAACCAUACAUGUUGACUUUGAUUCGGAAGGUGACAUUUUCAAGUUAGCUGCCAGAAAGUGUUUAAAGAUUAUUAAGAACUUUCCAUCUACGGAAUCUGAAAUUGUGCAAUCUUGUUUCAAGUACCUCUCUGUUGUGAUUCGUCACAGAGAGGAGCUUUCUUUGAAGGAAAGUUCACUUGGUUAUUUGCUUGUCAAGAUCCAACCUGAUUUGAGCGAACAGACUUGUCAAGCUUUGGUAUUUAACUUCUUGAGAGCUGUUGUCUCGAAGCGUAUCAUGCUUCCCGAAGUGUAUGAGAUUAUGGAUAAGCUCAGGGAAGUUAUGGUUACGAGUCAUUCAAAGGAGAGAAGAGAUAUGUCAAGAAGUAUCUAUUUCCAAUUCCUUAUGGAGUACGAUCAAGGUCGUGGUCGUUUGGAAAAGCAGUUUAAGUUCCUCGUCAAUAACUUGAGUUACCCAUCUGAAACUGGUAAACAAUCCGUAAUGGAGUUGUUACACUUGAUUAUCCAAAAAUGUGGCCCUGAGUUGUUAGAAGCCUUAUCUUCCUCGUUCUUCGUUGCGUUAUCUAAGGUUUUGAUUUCUGAAACCUCAACAAAGAGUAGAGAGAUGGCCAUUGCUUUGAUCACCUCAAUUUUUGAGAAGAAGGGAACAGAACCGUUUGAGAAAUUUAUCCGGGGAUGGAUGAACUCAAAGAACUCUGCUUUGCUAAAAUGUUCAUUACAGCUUUACAGAAUUAAAGUAAAAGUAUCUGGAUUUGAAGCAGAAUCGGAGUUGGAUAAUGAUGUCUUGUUGAAUAUCAAGGAAACGUUGCACACUUCCAGAUCUGAUUCUGAAGUUGAUGUCAAAUGGGAAUUGGUUUACACUGCAUUAACAUGCCUAAGUCAUGUUGUUGAGAAGGAUGUUAACGUUUUUGACGAAGAGUUGAAGGCAGAUGUGAUCUCUUGUCUCUUGUUCCCACACUCAUGGGUGAGACUUACAGCUUCUCGUCUAUUGUGUGUAUUGCUAUCAAAGAAAAGAGACUUUUUUAGCGAUGCUGAUCUCCAGAACGUUUCUUACAGGGUCUUCCACCAAUUGAAUGCACCAAGUAUUGAUGAAAGAUUGGGAUCCCAAGCUGUUAAAUCUUUGACCAUUGCGAUGAUGCGCUGGGAACAAAAUGGAACACUGUUUGAUAACUCACUAAGACUUCAUUCAAAGGGCGAUGAAAGUGAAAAUGAAUACGACGAAGAAGAUGCCCAAUCUACAGAACCUGAACAUAGGAUGUCUAAUUGGGCCAUCAAAAGAGCCAGUGCGGUUGUUAGAUCUGAAAAAUCGGAUUUGGCGGCCAAGAGAGCCGGUGUUCAAUUCCUAGCCAUGUGUGUACAGAUCUUGGAUGUUGUUAGAUUGAACGAAGUGGCUCAGGAUAUGAUCUUACCACUCUUUACACUUGUUGAGAACGAGACUGAUGACGAGGCUAAAAACGAAGUUCAAAACUUGGCACUUGAGUGUAUGAAGUUGAUCGAGGAUAAGAUUGGGGUUAGUGAUUAUACAGGUCAUUACUCUAAAGUCAACCAGCUUGUAUUGAGAAGACGUCAAGACAGACGUACAAAGAGAGCUCGUCUGGCAAUCACUGCACCUGAUAAGGCAGCAAGAAGAAAGGAGAAGAAGCACGAGAGAAGUAGAAUUAAAAGAAAACAUGAGAAGGACGAGAAUGGAUUCUAUCACACCAAGAAGAAGAAGCAUCUUUAGAAAAAAAAAUAGUACAGCAUUUUUAAUUCAAAAUUAUACAUAUAACACUAAACAAGAAAA